UCAGGAAAUCAUAAUAAGAGGUACAAAAAGCUAACUCGCUCGAUAAUCACGGUAACAAUGACUUUUUUCCAUGGGAGUAUUUUGGACGGUGUGCGGUUGAGUUGGGCUAAAAUUUGGUAGAUGCAGAAAAAUGCACGCGGGGAAACUAUCCCGUGUGGUUGAAGUUCUGUUGUUCGGAGUGUUUGGCUGCUUCUCAGUGAUUGACACUUGUAGCGGUUCAAUACAAAACGUCUAUAAAUGGGUGGUCCGUCAGGCCAAUUUGUCAGCAGCGAAUGAAUGGUGCCGAUGAUUUGCCUCUGCACAACCUGGGGGCGUGGCCUAUUAAUUAGCCUACGUUGUACGUAUUUACAUAGGUCACUUCGCUCUACAGCCUGGCGCAUAUAAUCCUCACCAAUGCACUAGUGAGGGAUGACAGUUUGAAUACACACGCACACCCGUACGGAACACGGAUUGGAGUGUCUUGCGCCACUGAUAGAGACAGACUGAGGCACACGCACAGAGAGAGGGUAUCCCAACGAAUAGAGGGGAACCCAUGGCAAACAGCGCCAUGAUUUCGCCCAAGUCGGCCUACCACCCUGCUAGCUCUCCAACGCUCCAGAAUAUGAAUUCCAUGGGAGCAAUGGGUCCGAUGAGCACCAUGAGCAACUCCAUGAGCCCCAUCAACACCAUGGGCCACCAGAUGAACUCCUACACAAACGGGAUGUCGGCGGCAGCGGCGGCCGGAGGCAUGGGCUCCAUGUCCACCAUGUCCACUAUGAGCAUGAACGGGGGCAUGGGCAGUAUGCCGGCCAACCUGAACUCUAUGAGCGGCAUGAACUCCAUGACGGCGGCCGGCAUGACCGGCUUCAACGGCAUGAACGGCAUGGGCACGAUGAACAGCAUGAACGGCAUCAACAACUCGGCGGCGAUGAGCAUGAGGCUGGCUGCCCAGGCACAGGCGCAGGCUGACACGCUGAACCGCGUCCGGGCAGAGAAGACCUAUCGCCGGUCAUACACUCACGCCAAGCCACCCUACUCCUACAUCUCCCUCAUCACCAUGGGCAUCCAGCAGUCACCGCAGAAGAUGGUGACGCUGAGCGACAUCUAUCAGUUUAUUAUGGACCUGUUCCCCUUCUACCGCCAGAACCAGCAGCGGUGGCAAAACUCCAUCCGCCACAGUCUGUCUUUCAACGACUGCUUCGUCAAGGUGCCGCGCACGCCCGACCGGCCGGGCAAAGGCAGCUUCUGGACUCUCCAUCCUGACGCUGGAAACAUGUUCGAGAACGGCUGCUAUCUCCGGCGACAGAAACGCUUCAAGUGCCCCAAGAAGGAAUCGCUGCGUAAGGAGCAGAAGAACAACUUGAGGGAGGGUGAGGAAAAUAACGACGACGACGAGCACGGGGAGAACGGACGAGCAGACGGCGUGACGGUGUCCAACGCGUCCACACCGGUCAGCAACGACACGACCGACGUGCCGCACACCCACAACCCGCUGCAAUCCCACCACCAGAUGGCCUCACCACCCCAACACCAACAGCACCACGAGCAGCACCACCAUCACCAGCAGCAGCAACAUCACCAUCACCAAGGCCACCACCCUGACCUGCACAAGAUGGAGCCGCCGUCCAUGUCACCGCCCCCUGCGAGCAUGGCCAGUGCCGGUAUCCCAACCCGCCCUAUUGCCCACCCAGCAGCCUCAAUGACCUCCAUGACGGCCAUGCCAGGCACCUACCCUGCAGCCAUGUUCGGACCCGGAGGACAACACCCCUCCUUCACGCACCCCUUCUCCAUAAACAGCAUCAUUUCGUCAGAACACAAACUGGACAUGAAGGGGUAUGAGGCUAUGGCUUACGCACCAUAUAACUCAAUGCCCAGCAUGACGAGCCCCAUGGCUAAACCGUCAAUGGACUAUUCAAUACCUGCCACGAGCGGGGAAGCAACAUACAGCCAGCUAGCCACAGCGAACCACACUAUGUAAACAACAGUGCAACCAAACCGAAAAAACUGGUACGUUUAAUCCAUACGUUCAUUCUGUCGACCUUACGUGUACAAAUGACAGAAACGCUCAAAACCUUUUAGACAUUCAUUUGUAUGUAUUUCGAUAAACUAGGCUACUCGACAAUCACAUGACCAUUAAAUGUGACUUUGUUUAUUUGAACUAAGUAACUUAUAAAUUCGUUGAUGUCAUGGAAAUUCAAAUGUUGUAAAGUAAUCUGAAAAUGUGAUUCUGAAAUUUCCUCCAUAUUGAUCGUGAAAACAAUUCCCAAAUCAUAGUGUACACAUUACGUGAGAAGCCGAUGUGUACGAACGUUUACUCAAGGCAGAUAUGAUUCGUUGAUAUUUAUUUAUUUGAUAUUGUUAUAUUUUACUAGUGGCUUAGAGUUUUGUCAAUAUAUUUUAGAUAGGGUUAGUGUACAAAUCUCACAACCGACGAUCACUGUGAAAGAAGUGAACAUUCUGAUUUCUUCAAACAGCCAGAGAUGAGUGGUUAAGUCAAUUUACAUUGUAUCUGCUUCUCAUAUCAUUUGAAGCAGGUUCAUGACAGCAACUCAAGUAAUUGAAGUAACCAAGUCAAAAUGGAGUUUCAAUGUGCUGCAUUUCUGAGUUAAAGUACCUCGCACAUUCGAGGAGUGUGCUUAUGAGUCGGUUGGAAGUCUGCGUGUGGCCGAUAUUUCCCAGUCUAACAAACGCAAAUAUUCAAAUACAAAAAUGACACAAAACAAUGCAACCGUUGUUUUCAAUUCAGCAAAGUUGGACUUGGCAUUUAUGUUCAGCACUGCCUUGCUUCAAACUUGGUCCGAUUGCAUAACAGAAGAAAUGGCAGUUGUCUAUUAUCAUGUGUGGGCAAAAAGCAGGUUUUUGGAAAAUUACAAUGUAGCAUAAAAACUCUGCCAAAGAUGUGUAAUUUACAAGCAUGCUAUCGUUUAAUAUAUGUUUUUUCGCCGAACUCUUCAGUCUUUUUCAGAACCAAAUUCAUCUGCUAGAAAUUAACAAAAAAAUUCAGGUCAGGUUUUUUCUUUAAAUCAAAUUGCAAAAUGCGUUGUAUAUUUUGGAUGGUAAAAAACUCAGAUGGUUUGGAUGUAACUCCAUACAUAUUCAUUUCGAAUGUGGCUCUUGGCUGAAACCGGGGUCAACCUUUCCCCCGAAUGAGUACAAUAUUCUAACAUCGGAUAUUUUAUUGUGUAUAUUACUGCAAUAGCUAGCGGUUGGUGAGUGAACUUCACUGUGUUUUUAUGAAGCUGUACCUCCGUUGGAGGUCCACACACUGAUAAUUGUUAUUCUAUUGUAUUUCUUAUUUUUUUAACAAAAAAAAUCUCAUUUGUGAUGGAAAAAACCUUGAUUGAAGUGCCAAAUAAUUGAUGAGUUUGAAUCACUUGUAAGAUACGACAGUGAUUGCGUGAUAAAUCAUAUUACCAAUGACAAAUACUUGCGAUAUUCUUAGUAGUGUAUAGGCCUAGAGAUUUUUUUGGGUGAAGACCUCGUUUGUUAUAUACAUCUUUCACAUUUUUCUUGCUUGUUAUAGCGACGUCAUUUUGUGCCUGUUUUUAGCCAAAGUCGUGUUUAUAUUUCUGAGCAGAGAAAUCGGGUACAGGGACGGUACACUUUCAACACUCUUCGCUGUGUCUAAGCUUGGAUAGCUGUUCAUAUUUGAGGAAAACACCGGCCAAAGUUUACCCAUGUCAGUUUGCCCUGCGUCAUCAUCAAACAUGCCUGGGGCACUCGAAUGAGGCUCACUCCAUCGGUCAUACAAUAAUCGAAAACCAUCGCUGUUCUCGCCUUUUUAUGGAGCCACCUUUUGUACACAUAUUGUUUACUGUAUAAAGGGAAAAAAAACGAAUACGAUGAUUCAUAAACUUCUACCUUUUUCUCUGAAUUUCCUUCGAACUGUUAGGAAUCUCCCUCCAGAUGGAAAAUGUUCGCUGAAUAAAUCUGUUUCCAAAAGUAAAAUU